CUAUACCUUCUAUAGUCUUCUAUACCUUGGAAAGCAUCAUUGGUAUGUUAUGUGGAUGGCAAUUUGUAUUCCAAGUGAAAGAACAUUCUGGUGGCACUUGGAGAAACCCAUCAGCCUCAUAGAAAAUUUUGUAGACUAGCCUGAAAAUCAGAGAUCAAGGAAAAAUUUAACUAUGUGUGGCAGCCUGACCAGGUGAAAUAGAGAUGAUAAAAUGGAAUGGGAAAACCAAACCAUUCUGGUGGAGUUUUUUCUGAAGGGACUUUCUGGUUACCCAAGGCUUGAGGUACUCUUUUUUGUACUCAUCUUAUUAUUGUAUGUGGUCAUCCUUCUGGGCAAUGGAACCCUCAUCAUACUCUCCAUCCUCGACUCUCGCCUCCACACCCCUAUGUACUUCUUCCUGGGGAACCUCUCCUUCUUGGACAUCUGCUACACUAGCACCUCAAUUCCUUCCACUCUGGUGAGCUUCCUCACAGAAAGAAAGACCAUUUCCUUCUCUGGCUGUGCAGUGCAGAUGUUCCUUGGCUUGGCCAUGGGGACAACAGAGUGUGUGCUCCUGGGAAUGAUGGCCUUUGACCGCUAUGUGGCCAUCUGCAAUCCCCUGAGGUAUCUCAUCAUCAUGAACAGGAAUUCCUAUGUGACCAUGGCAGCUGGCUCCUGGCUUUCAGGGGUUGUCAACUCUGCAGUGCAAACUGCAUUUGUGGUACGGUUGCCUUUCUGCAGGAAUAAUGUCAUCAAUCAUUUUUCUUGUGAAAUUCUGGCUGUCAUGAAGUUGGCCUGUGCUGACAUCUCAGGUAAUGAGUUCAUCAUGCUUGUGGCCACAACUUUGUUCAUUUUGAUGCCGCUGCUCUUGAUUGUUAUGUCUUACUCAUUAAUUGUUUCUAGCAUCCUCAAGAUUCGUUCCUCUGAGGGGAGAAGCAAAGCCUUCUCUACCUGCUCAGCACACCUGACUGUGGUGAUAAUAUUCUAUGGUACCAUUCUCUUCAUGUACAUGAAACCCAAGUCUAAAGAUGCAUUUAAUUCAGAUGGUCUGGAUGCAACAGACAAACUUAUAUCCAUGUUCUAUGGGGUGAUGACUCCCAUGAUGAAUCCUUUAAUCUAUAGUCUUAGGAACAAGGAUGUGAAGGAGGCAUUAAAAAAUUUAUUGAGCAGAAUAUUAAUUUGCAAGUGAAUGUAUAUAUUGUGCUGUGAACUAAUUGGACAUUGUUAAAACUUGAGAAUUACAUUGGAAUUUUGGUUACUUUAACUUUGCUGUUUUGUGUAUUAUGUUAAAAUUAUUAGAUGCUCAUAAAGAGUUUU